AUGGUGGUCAGCAGGCAGCCGCCCCUUCACCUUGACAUCGGAUGGUGGCAUCCUUCAUGGCACUUGGAGUGCAGAUACAGAGGGCUACAAUAUUGGCUCGAACUCCUGGUCGGAUCGGCGCCUCAAGGAGUCAACAUCCAGCCAAUUAUGGCUGUGCUGUCCAGCCGCACUUCGAAUGCCACCGCCUUGCUACACGAGCUUCACCCUGCCGCGUACCACAUGAGGGGUGAGCCCUCGCGAAUCAGGUUUGGCUUCAUAGCGGACGAGAUGGAGGAGGUCCUACCAGAGGUCACCCGCCACAUGGGGGCGGACUUGCCCAGCGCACGAGCUGGCAUCAUGUACCUGGACCUGUUGGCAGUCCUGGCCAGCUCUAUGCAGGAACUGACAGAGGAAAUGAGGACAGCAACCCUGAGGCUGUCGCAAGUCGAAACGAGGAUUGCAGAGCGCCAAAGAUGGAAAUUGAGAAGCGCAUCUGAAGCCCUUUUGACGAGAAGAAGAGAUGGGCCGUAG